CAAUUCGAUAACGCGAAGGGGCCAUAUACCCAACACAAAAGACUGCCGCUACUAUUGCGUCAAUCCAAUCCAAUCCAAACCAUUACUCUCUUACCAACUAUCUAAAAGCUGCUGCCAACAAUCCCAUUCAGCAAGAAACACAAGAACCAAAUCAUUAAAAGCAGCAGCCGAAAAAGCCAGGAUACCCUCCCCAUUGGGUGCCAUACCCAUUAUCAUCUCUCAUCCAUCUCUAGCACAGCCCUAGCUAGCACAGAACAACAGUCCAGCCAUGAGCAACCCUUUCUUCUUGUCGUUUGAAUUCGACUACUCCGAUGAGACUUGGAAUCUCCCCCGUGGAUCGGUCCCAUCGCCACUCAAAGCACAAGGCGUCCCUCAUGCCCUCUGGAUGCACUUUUGGGACUACGCACAGAGUGUGGUCGAGAGAGCCAGUGUCCGUGGAAUCAUGAAGAAAAAGCUAAAGACGGAUAUCGACAAGGGAAAUCUCUCGGAUUAUCGCCAACAAGAACGACAAACCGAAAUCUCCAAGCUCAAUGAACAAACUCUACGAGACUUUGACUGUUUGCAGCGACAGGCGGAACGACUCUUUCCCAAUACCAAGGCGACGGUACCCAAGGGCACCACCACGGCACACAAGAAUGGCAAAACAAGCAGCAACAAGCACAUGCCGCCCUUUGUCUUGGAACUGCAACUUCAUCAUCCUCGCAACAAUCCGAGUAGUAGUGAUUCUCCCACCACCACUACCACCAGCAGUAACAACAGUGACAAUAGUACUGACACCGUCCACUUGCACUACGACUCCCGAAGAGCUUCUUGGAAUCUACCCCGUGGAAAGCUCCCUUCGGUACUCGCAGAUACCGGCGUCGUUCUGGACGAUUGGGUCGCUAUUUGGGACUACGGGUUUGGUGUGAAUCAACGGGCCAAGGAACGAGAACACUUGAACCAAUUACAUGAGCGAGAGCUACGAUUGUGCCAAAAGUCACUCACGUUUAUGCAGUCCACCAACCUUAGUUCGGUCGUCGAGAAGAAUAGUGCGGUCAACAGCAGUACCACUGCCAAUCACAUUCGUGUCAAAAUGGAAAAGCUGCAGCGUGCCAAGGAAGCCAACGUUAACAAUACCAAGAAGGGAUGGCAAGAACUGCAACGACGUGCCACCCAACGGUUUGAGCCCUUUGGUGUCAAGGUCUAUCUGUCACGUCCGGAUAGUCAAAUUUGCUGUGGACUGCAAUUUCAAUGCCCUACCAAGAAGAAGAGGAACACCAAGAAACGAGUUGCCAGUAGUGCUAGCAGCAGUGCUAGCAGCAAGGCGUCCAUCUCCAGCAGCGGCAAUCACAGCAAGGCAACAUCGGUAUCACCCACUUCCAGUCCAUUGACGUUCCAGCAUCGAACGCCGUCGGCGAUUUGGCUCCACAGCACAGCUCCCAGUAUGCCAAUUCCACCAUCCAAGGAAGAACUGAGCAGUGCUCAUCAGGGAAGAGCUUCGCCAAUUUCAUCCGUCUGGACUACCAUCCCCAAGCAGCAAGGACAGCCCAAGAAGGUACCCAUCACCACGUCGCCGUCUUCUGUCAUUGACACACCGACAAGAACAACGAGUCCUACCAGCACCACGACUACUGCUUCUUCAUCGUCUUCUGCUUCGGUCGACACUACCGUGCUUCGUCCCAAGCAAAACACAGAAAAGGAGAAUGCACCACCCAAACCAGAAGCAUUGGUCCGGAAACACAGAAAGAAGGAAAGCAGUAUCAGCAGUGUCUGGGGACAACCCGUCGUGUUGACUUAUGUCCACGACGAUGUCCCGUCUCGCAUUGACAUUGAAGUGAGCGCCCCACCGUCCCCUACCUUUGCAGAAUCGGAAGAUGAUUCCGAUGAUGACGAUGAAGACAGCCAUGGUUAUGUGGUACCUCCGGCACCCUCUGCGGAUCCUCCGUCCAGCAUUGGCAGUAGUAGCAGUGGGAGUGUCGUGGUGCCAUCAUCAUCGCUGCUCACGCCCACCAACGCCAUCUCUGCUGCCAGCAAGCUGUUUGCCAAGCUCAAGAGACGGGUCCAUUUCGGUACCAACACCUGGCACACCUACGAGACUAUCUCUCUGUCCAAGGCAGAACGCAAGGAAUUGUGGUUUUCCCACGAAGAACGAGAAGCCUAUCGUGCCAGGACCAAAGUGCUGGCGCAACGAGUGAUUGACAAUCGCAACAGUGGCGGUUCCACCAAUGUGGUCUUUAUGGACAGUGAAACCGAAGAAGAAGUGUGCUGGCGAGGCCUGGAACACGCCAAAAGGGGCAACCUCAGUUCUCGACAGGAAACGAGAAGAGCGUUCAUGAUCAAGGUACUGGAGAAGCAACGUCAGAUUCAGCUCGACUCCUGGACAUCCCGUCGAGGCACCGUCACCGACCCUGAUGGCGAUCUACAACAGUAUGCUGCUCGACACAGUCGUCACUGUCGAGAACGAGCGCAACGACUUGCCGCCACCGAUGCCAAGGAAGCAAGAGCAGUAUACAAGGAGUCCCUGCGCAGCACCAACCUGCAUGGUUCCAGUGGCGGCAGCGUCAUGUCGGGUAGCAGCAACAGCAAUACAAGCCACUACUCUUCGUCGCGUCGCUACAGCCACCACCACCAUCAUGACCAGACACAUCAUCACAAGAAUGACAUUUUCCAAGAGUACUGCAGGAGGCAACAUUUGGCAACCAAGGCAAGAUUACAACAGCAGGCGGUGAUGUAAUCGGACGUGCAUAUCAUUUGGCGCUACUAUGCACGGAUGCCCGCUCCUACUAGCUAGGUUGCCAAAUACACACAAACAACUGAAUAUCGACCAACAACGCUCCGAUCCGCUACCUUGUUUUCUGUUCCGCUGCAUGAAUGAUGGCAAAUGUUUCGAUAGAAAAUGCCUGCUACCAAAGCAAAAAGAUAUUAGCUAGGUAACAAUAAAUGUAAUACACACGCUUACAUAGUCUUACAC